UUAUAUAUCUGUAGGCAUUGGACUCUAUUGUGAAAGCGUUGACACUGUGUUCACCGGACGACUUAUCGUGUGCGCACCUGUAUGUAGAGCACGGGGAUAUAUUGCGUGAUUUGCGUGAUUGGCAAAGUGCUGCUGAGAGCUACAGAAUCGCGAUAUCCCUGGACAGCAGUAUCUCGCGAUCGCAUUUGAAUUUAGCGGUGAUUUGCCAUUUGGAGGGCGACUAUAAGACAGCUCUGCAUCACUACCUUCAGGCCCAUACAAUCGAUGCCAUCGAGAGUCUCAAUCCUGUCAUGUCGUGCGAUGAAGAGUUGAGGCGCAAAACCCAUUGA